CCCAAUUCUUGAAGCUGCCUAGACAAGCAGAAAACUUGAUAUCAAAAACACUACAAACAUCACAUGGGUUUAGCAUCAACAACAGGGUUUUAGAACUAGAUCAGUUUCUCUCCAAAAAUGUGGAGAAACCAACAACUUAUUAUUAAGAUUAAAACAAGAACAUCCUUAUUAUCAACAAAAACCCUAAACCCUAAAUUUAUAUCCCUCCAAGAACCCAUCACCCAGUUUCAAAACCCACCAAAUUUCUCAACUUCAUCUUUCUUCAUUCCCAAACAACCAAUAUGGGUUUCACAAAACCACCCGCAAAAUCAUCUUAUUAUACGGAAUCCCAAAAUUCUUGGAAACAGUUUCUUCAGUUCUUCUAGUGAAUCCAGUUUCAGUAGUUGUUGGAAUUGUAAGCGUGACAGGGCUUUUCUGUUUUGUGAAUCUUGCGGGAGUAUUCAGCCUGUUGACCAUUCUGUUGAUUAUUUCACCAUUUUUGGUUUAGAGAGGAAGUUUAAUAUUGAUGAUAGAACUUUGGAAGGAACAUACAAAAAUUGGCAGAAAAAGCUUCAUCCUGAUUUGGUUCACACCAAAUCUAAGGAGGAUAGAGAGUAUGCCGCUGAACAGUCUGCUAGGGUUAUUGAUGCGUAUACUACACUCCGUAAACCAUUGUUAAGAGCGAUUUAUAUUAUGAGGCUUGAAGGGAUUGAAGUAGAUGAAGAACAAACUGUCUCGGAACCGGAAUUGUUGGGCGAGAUCAUGGAAAUUAGGGAAGCAGUGGAAGAAGCCCCCGACAACCGAGCACUGAUUCAGAUUCAAUCCCAGAUGGAAGAAAAACUUGGACAUUGGUCUGAAUUGUUUGCAAAUGCUUUUGAAAGUAAAAAAUAUGAUGAAGCUCUCAAAUCAAUUCAAAGAAUGACCUACUAUCAUCGUGUGAAUGAAGAGAUUGUUAAGAAGCUCUAGUCCAGCUAUUCUUUUGAGCUGUUUCAUGACAUAUAGAUAAUUUAAAGGAUUACAGGUGGUGUUGUUUGGCAUUUGAUGUAUGAGAAUAGGCAAAGCUCCAAACAGUUCUGGUAUAGCCCUUAACAAGAAACAUGAAUUCAUUUGAUUUGUUAAAGCCCACGUUGUAGGGAAAUAGCAAGAAUUUUAUACCCUGUGUGCCGAAAUCUAAUAAAGAUGUUGGAUGCAUGCUUAUA